GCGCCAUGGCUGCGGAGCGGACCCGGCCGCUGCGAGGCUCCGGCGGCCCGAGCGCGCGUCGUCGCUGUGAGCCCGGCGCGAGGUCCCGGGCCCCGGGGCGCUCGCUCAGGUAAAUUUUUCCAUAACCUUAUGGAGAGAAAGGACUUUGAGACAUGGCUUGAUAACAUUUCUGUUACAUUUCUUUCUCUGACGGACUUGCAGAAAAAUGAAACUCUGGAUCACCUGAUUAGUCUGAGUGGGGCAGUCCAGCUCAGGCAUCUCUCCAAUAACCUGGAGACUCUCCUCAAGCGGGACUUCCUCAAACUCCUUCCCCUGGAGCUCAGUUUUUAUUUGUUAAAAUGGCUCGAUCCUCAGACUUUACUCACUUGCUGCCUCGUCUCUAAACAGUGGAAUAAGGUGAUAAGUGCCUGUACAGAGGUGUGGCAGACUGCGUGUAAAAAUUUGGGCUGGCAGAUAGAUGAUUCUGUUCAGGACGCUUUGCACUGGAAGAAGGUUUAUUUGAAGGCUAUUUUGAGAAUGAAGCAACUGGAGGACCAUGAAGCCUUUGAGACCUCAUCAUUAAUUGGACACAGUGCCAGAGUGUAUGCACUUUACUAUAAAGAUGGACUUCUCUGUACAGGGUCAGAUGACUUGUCUGCAAAACUGUGGGAUGUGAGCACAGGGCAGUGCGUGUAUGGCAUCCAGACCCACACUUGUGCAGCAGUGAAAUUUGAUGAGCAGAAGCUUGUGACAGGCUCCUUUGACAACACUGUGGCCUGCUGGGAAUGGAGUUCCGGAGCCAGGACCCAGCACUUCCGGGGGCACACAGGGGCGGUGUUUAGCGUUGACUACAAUGAUGAACUGGAUAUCUUGGUGAGUGGCUCUGCAGACUUCACUGUGAAAGUAUGGGCUUUAUCUGCUGGGACGUGCCUGAACACACUCACCGGGCACACGGAAUGGGUCACCAAGGUGGUUUUGCAAAAGUGUAAAGUCAAGUCCCUUUUGCACAGCCCUGGAGACUACAUACUCUUAAGUGCAGACAAAUAUGAGAUCAAGAUUUGGCCAAUUGGGAGAGAAAUCAACUGCAAGUGUUUAAAGACAUUGUCAGUCUCUGAGGAUAGGAGUAUCUGCCUGCAGCCAAGGCUUCAUUUUGAUGGCAAGUACAUCGUCUGUAGUUCGGCACUGGGUCUCUACCAGUGGGACUUUGCCAGUUAUGAUAUUCUCAGGGUCAUCAAGACUCCUGAGAUAGCAAACUUGGCCUUGCUUGGCUUUGGAGAUAUCUUUGCCCUGCUGUUUGACAACCGCUACCUGUACAUCAUGGACUUGCGGACCGAGAGCCUGAUUAGCCGCUGGCCCCUGCCAGAGUACCGGAAAUCAAAGAGAGGCUCGAGCUUCCUGGCGGGCGAAGCGUCCUGGCUCAAUGGACUGGAUGGGCACAAUGACACGGGCCUGGUCUUCGCCACCAGCAUGCCCGACCACAGUAUUCAUCUGGUGUUGUGGAAGGAGCACGGCUGACGCCACGCGCUGGCCGCCGCCGACUGUGGGUGCCGGGGCUGCGGGGUUUCAGUGCGACCUCUGGCAGCCGACUGCAUGAACCAAAGCUCUCACCUAACGGUAUCGUCGCGCAGUGCACAAUCAUUUAUCUGUGUUUGCCAGGGGGCCAGGGCUCGGGGCGGGGGAGGGCUUGUUUUCUUGACACACAGCACAGCAUGCUAACGGGGUACACCAUUGACUUCAUUUGUACUUAGUUACGUUGGUCAGUAUAAGAGGGUGCAUUGAGGGUUCAUCUUUCUUGAAUAUUGGUUUUCAGUAAAGAAAGUUAAAUGGUUCAUUAACCUGCUAAUUGGUUGCCUAUAUAUAAAAACACAUCAGUCUAUUAUUAAAGCUUUUACCAUCGCCUU